AGACCUGGCGACGCUGGCAGGAGGCAGCCUGCUCAUGCGACGGUCUCUCUUCAUCGACUCAUCCAGUUGUCUGGCCAGCAUUCGGCCCUGAGCGGCGAAGGCGUCGAGCGGGGAGAGGGCGGGGGGAAUUUCACCAUCGAAAUGCUCAAUCCGAGGAGACGGAGCUCCUCGACCGGUCCGGGGUCGCCCAUCGCCCUGCUGGGACCGAAGAUCCAGAUAACCAGGCCGCGAGGACAUUGUCAAUAUGGUGCAGAAUCGAAGAAGUCAAACUAUCAGGCGAAAUGUUCGGUUCGCCGGCCGAGCGGAAUCCCACGACGCAAGAAAAGGGACAACGGACGAACAGCAGCGGAAUUGGUCAAAGAAAACGAAUGUCUUUGCAGUCCUAGACGAAGGCCGGUCGCGACUUGCUUCUGCAUCUGGAGAGGAAGACGGUCUGACGAGAGGCUUCGGGCUAGAGCCUGGCUGAGACACGAAAUCGGCGGAAGCAAAUCAGGUUCAACCCAGACAGGAGAUAGGAGGGGGCGGACGGCAAAGGAGUGA